GCCACUUUUCGCGCAAUUCAAAUUCUCCUUACUGCCCACUUCCCCUUUCCCUUCUUCUUCUUCUUCCCUCUGCCAUUUGUGCUUCCCCACGCCCAGGCUCAAGCCUUCCCUUCCCCUCUCUCUCCGUUUCACUUUUUCCUGCUUUCUCACCCUCUGUUUCCUUCCUUUUUCAGGCUUCACCAGCACCACAUUAGCUCUCUCUCUCUCUCUAACCUUCCUUCCCCCAUUAGCAAUUCCCCAUUGCGUUUUUCUCCCCAAAUCCGCACUAAAAUGGAAGCAGUAGCGGCAGCUCCAUCUCCAUCUCCGCAACCCCACUUCCCACACGACGCCGCCGCCGCGGCCGCGUCUCCGAAGCCGUACAAGAAGAGCUUGGUAACUUCCCUAAUGGAGGCCGCCACCCUCCGCACUCCAUCCUUCAAAGAGGACAACUACUUGGUCUCCAACCUCAAACCCUCCGACAAAAAAGCCCUCCAAGAACUCCAAGACAAGCUCUCCGCCGCAGCUGGCGGCCCCUGCUCCAUGUGGGGAAUCGACCUUCUCAGCUCCGACGACAAGGCCACAGUCAUCCUCCUCAAGUUCCUCCGAGCUAGGGAUUUCAAAGUCCCCGAAUCCCUCUCCAUGCUCGAAAAAUGCCUCGCCUGGCGGAAGGAAUUCGGUGCGGAUUCCGUGGUGGAAGAGGAUUUGGGGUUCAAACAACUGGAAGGAGUGGUGGCCUAUAUGCAAGGGUUUGACCGGGAAGGCCACCCGGUUUGCUACAAUGCCUAUGGCGUCUUCAAAGACAAGGAGAUGUACGAGAAGGUGUUUGGAGACGAAGAGAAGCUUCAGAGGUUCCUGAGAUGGAGGGUUCAAGUCCUCGAAAGAGGGAUUAAUCUGUUGCAUUUCAAGCCCGGGGGAGUGAACUCCAUUAUCCAAGUUACGGAUAUGAAGGACAUGCCCAAAAGAGAGCUUCGUGUCGCCUCCAACCAUAUCCUCUCCUUGUUCCAGGAUAACUACCCUGAAAUGGUCGCUCGCAAGGUUAUAUUCAUAAAUGUGCCGUGGUACUUCAGCGUUCUGUACUCGAUGUUCAGCCCGUUCUUGACUCAACGGACCAAGAGCAAGUUCGUCAUCUCGAAAGAAGGGAAUGUUGCUGAGACUCUGUACAAAUUCAUUAGGCCGGAAGAUGUACCAGUCCAGUACGGAGGACUGAGUCGAUCUGGCGAUUUGCACAACGACCCACCGAAACCAGCGUCCGAGUUCGCCAUCAAAGGGGGAGAGAAGGUGAACAUCCAGAUCGAAGGGAUUGAGGCGGGGGCGACCAUAACGUGGGACAUAGUGGUGGGAGGGUGGGAAUUGGAGUACAGCGCUGAGUUUGUCCCCAAUGCGGAAGGAAGCUACACCAUUGCUGUGGAGAAGCAGAGGAAGGUAAACGCGAGCGAAGAGGCCAUCCAUAACUCGUAUACAGCGAGAGAAGCGGGGAAGAUGGUGCUGUCAGUGGACAACUCUGCCUCCAGGAGAAGGAAGGUGGCUGCUUAUCGUUACUUCGUCCGCAAAUCUGCUAUGGUUUGACGGGUGGGAAGACCAGUGUCUGGCGAUUUCCACUUACUCUGCUUCGAAAUGGUAGUAUUAUGUAGGCUUGUUAUUAAUGGUGGUGGUGGUGGUAGUUUCGUUCUUUUGUUUCUGGGUUCUUGUCACUUUUGUUGUUUAUGGUUCUUUCAGUUGUAACGAGAGUGGUUGAGUAAAGUAGUAAGUAGUAACAUACUAAUGCUUUGUAGUAAGCUUUGUGGUAACUCUAUGGUGUAAUACCCCGAGUCCUUAUUAGUUAUUGCUUUCCGGCCAAGUAUAAUUUGGUUAUCCUAAGCUGGAUCUUGGUGGAAUCGUUGGGUAGUGACCGGAGAGUCGGAGACAUGAAAUGGAACUGGGUGAGGUCACGAGCCAGAGAGGGAGUGAAGGAGAGACUUGGCAACAUUGUUGUCAUUCCUACUGUCAUGAAUUCGGUUUGUGAACACCACCGGUUAUGACGGGUAUGAUCAAUUUAUGUUCUUUAAGUAAAAUUAUGUUGUUUGAGUGAAGUUAAUUGAUAAAAAAUAUGUUAAUCAUUAUUUAAUAAAUUUAUAUUGGCAUGAAUCG